AUGAGUGAUGUGGUGGCGAGCACAAGCAGUUGGCGACAUCAAGCACCGCUGGCCACCGAUGUUUUGCAAAAACCAGCCAGGUUAGUUUUGGGAGGAAAUUUUUGAAUAAAAUUUUCAGUCAUAACUGAAAUUAUCUGGUUUUAUAAAAUUUCAAGCCAUAAGUUAUUUCAAAAAAAUUUUUUAGCUGAAAAAUUUGGAUUUUGAAUUCAAAAUUUUCGAACCUGUUCACAAAUUUUUUAAUUCAUAGUAAUCCUUGAAAAACCCUUGCAAAAUGCAAAAUUUUGCCAAUUUUCGGCUUUCCACCGGCAAAAAUCCGGUUUUUACCUUUUCUUCUUUCAUUCCCUCAAUAAUUUCACUUUUUCGAUGAUGUCAUCGAUUGAUUUUUCGUUUUCUUUUCAUUUUCUAAACUAUUUUUAUUCAUUCCUUUUUCCUAUUUCAAUUCAAAAUGAAAAUGAAAGGUUUGUAGUUUCCCAAAUUUUCAAAAAAAAAACAAAAAAAAAGAAAUUUUCAGAUUAUUACCAAAAAUGAAGUUAGAAGAACUAGUGACAGUGAUGUUGGUGACUGGAGCUUUGCUAUUUCAAAAUUUGCCAAUCGGAUUUUUCUUGGCUGCCGUUUUGGCGAUUUAUAUCGCUGUGGUUCAUGGCGAUUUUAUUUAUCGAUCUUAUUUGACGCUGAAUCGAGAUUUGACGUGAGUUUUUUAUGCAAAAAAAAUCCAUCAGAAGCUUAGUUUAACUAUAGUCUAGUUUGAUGCAAAAAAUUCAGCAAAUUUCGAUGAAAACUCGCUGAAAUAUGAAAGCCCGUUGAAAAAAAAACACAAAUUCAAACCGCGCGCGCAUGCAACGUCAACGCGGAGUCUCGUUGUUUUCUUUUUAUUUUUUCGCAAAAAAAUUUUUCCUUUUUUUUCCCAGCGGACUUGCUCUCAUUCUCGACGUCAAAUUCGAUCUUUGGCGACGACUUCGACAAAACAAAGGGAUUCAUGAGAUCUUCCUGGAAAUUGUUAAAAAGUUCGUCUAACUCGUGUGGAGAGAACCUUUGAUUUUCUAUGUUUUCUAUUUAGAAAUGCCACCAAAACCGCCAUGAUUGAUAUUGAAACUGAGAAAACGCAAAAUUUCGCGGAAUUUAAUGGACAUUGUAAUCGAUAUGCGAAUCAUUUUCAGGUUUGCGGGGUUUUUUGAGAGAAAUUUGUGGAGAAGCACAAAAAUUAGGCAAAAAUUGAGCAAUUUUUGAAAAUUGCGGGGUUAGGGAAGAUUUUUAUCAAAAAUUGAAUACAGGGUGAUGUACAGGAGGGUUGAUUUGGUAAAAUAUCGAUUUUUCAACCAAAAAUUGUUUGUUCAGGACCGUUUUUGUUGAAAAAUCGAUAUUUUACCACCCUGUAUUCAAUUUUUGAUGAAAAUCUUCUCUAACAUGAGUUAUAAGCUCGAAACCCCACAAAUUUUAAAAAAUUGCUCAAUUUUUGGCUCAUUUUUGUGCUCUCCAGAGAAUUUCUAAUUUCUAGAAUCUUGGCUAUCGAUCGGGCGACGUUGUCGCAUUAUACAUGGAAAAUUCGGUAGAAUUUGUGGCCGCCUGGAUGGGACUGGCGAAAAUUGGAGUGGUGACAGCUUGGAUCAAUUCGAAUUUGAAGCGAGAGCAACUUGUACAUUGCAUCACGGCGAGCAAGACGAAGGCGAUUGUGACUAGUGUGACACUUCAGAAUGGUGAGCAUUUUCAGUCUAGUUAUGACGUGGCAAAGUUCGUAGACUUUAUCACGUAAAAACUAUGUGGUUAUGACGUGGCAAAGUUGCCACGUCAUAACUAUUAUCGAAAAUCUCCACGCGCUCCACCGAAAUAAACACGCAACGCAGACCGCGCCGCGCCACAACACACAAAAAAGGGAACGAUUCAAAUCCCCUCUCUUUUUUGUGUGUGUUGUGGCGCGACGCGGUCUGCGUUGCGUGUUUAUUUCGGUGGAGCGCGUCCGAGAUCUACCAACUUUGCCACGUCAUAACUAAUUUUGAGUUCCCAACCCAAACCAACUAAUUUUCAGUUCUCGCUGAUGCCAUCGAUGAAAAGCUCUUGGAAGUUGAUGGAAUUCAGAUCUACACAAUCGGAAAACCAAACCGCCCUGAUUUCGAAGAUCUAAAGACCAAACUAGAUUCGACGAAAACCGCAGAACCCAAAAAAUUGGAUAAAAUCGAUUUCAAAAGCAUUCUUUGCUUCAUUUACACCAGCGGAACAACUGGAAUGCCAAAAGCAGCCGUAAUGAAACAUUUUCGAUAUUAUUCGAUUGCUGUUGGAGCCGCAAAAUCGUUCGGAAUUCGAUCUUGCGAUCGAAUGUAUGUAUCGAUGCCGAUUUAUCACACUGCCGCUGGGAUUUUGGGAGUUGGACAAGCGUUGUUGGGUGGAAGUUCGUGUGUGAUUCGGAAGAAGUUUUCGGCGAGCAAUUUUUGGAAGGAUUGCGUCAAAUAUGAUUGCACGGUGAGUUUUGAUAGAACACCGUGUGAAAUAUACUAAAUCGACCAUUCUGAUCACGAUAUCGAUGUCAAAAAUUGCCAGAAACUCCUGUGAGCAAUUUUCUGGAGCUCCAAAGUUUGAAUUAGCCCAUUUUCACCAUGUUUCAGUGUGAAAAAUCAACUUUUAUAACAUGAAUAAGGUUGUUCACCACAUUCGAAAACCUAUCUGUUUUUUAGUUUGUCAAAAAAUAUGAAAAAAGCCAGCUGGAAACUGUAAUUUUUCAGGUUUCAGCUGGUUUUUUCAUAUUUUUUGAAAAACUAAUAAAAACUGCUAGGUUUGCGAAUGUGGUGAACAACAUCAUUCAUGUUAUAAAAGUUGAUUUUCCACCCUGAAACAUGGUGAAAAUGGGCUAAUUCAAACUUUGGAGCUCCAGAAAAGUGCUCACAGAGGUUUUUGGCAAUUUUUGACACCGGGAUCGUGAUCAGAGUGGUCGAUUUGGUAUAUUUUCCCUUGUUAGAUGAAACAUCGUGAAAUAUACCAAAUCGACCAUUCUGAUGACGAUCCCGAUGUCAAAAAUUGCCAGAAACCUCUGUGAGCACUUUUCUGGAGCUCCAAAUCAAUCUGGAAAUGAAUUUGUCUUAUUUUCACCAAGUUCUUGGGUCAACACUCAAAAACUUGGUGAAAAUAAGACAAAUUCAUUUCCAGAUUGAUUUGAAGCUCCAGAAAAGUGCUCACAGGGGUUUUUGGCAAUUUUUGACAUCGGGAUCGUGAUCAGAGUGGUCGAUUUGGUAUAUUUCACGAUGUUUUAUCGAAGGUUUAGGUGAUGAAACUUAUGAACUUUAUUAGGAGCUUCUAAGGAACCUUGGGACGGAGAAAUUCAUGCAAAUUUCCAGGUUUCUCAAUACAUCGGAGAGAUUUGUCGAUAUUUGUUAGCUCAACCAGUUGUUGAAGACGAAUCGAAGCAUCGAAUGCGUCUUCUGGUUGGAAAUGGUCUUCGCGCUGAAAUCUGGCAACCAUUUGUCGACAGAUUCCGUGUGAGAAUUGGUGAACUCUACGGAUCAACAGAGGGAACAUCGAGUUUGGUUAACAUCGAUGGACACGUUGGUGCAUGUGGAUUUUUGCCAAUUUCACCAUUGACUAAAAAAAUGCAUCCAGUUCGAUUGAUUAAAGUGGAUGAUGUGACUGGUGAAGCGAUUCGAACUGUUGAUGGAUUAUGUAUUGCUUGUAAUCCGGGAGAAUCGGGAGCAAUGGUUUCGACGAUUCGGAAAAAUAACCCGCUUUUGCAGUUUGAGGGAUAUUUGAAUAAGAAGGAGACGAAUAAAAAGAUUAUUCGAGAUGUUUUUGCGAGGGGAGAUAGUUGCUUUUUGACAGGUUUGUUCAAGGUUUUCUUAUUAUCGAAAAUCUCACGCGCUCCACCGAAAUAAACACGCAACGCAGACCGCGUCGCGUCACAACACAAGGGAACGAUUCAAAUUCCCUCCCUUUUUUGUGGCGCGACGCGGUCUGCGUUGCGUGUUUAUUUCGGUGGAGCGCGUGGUACCGAUGAGAUUUUCGAUAAUACAAGGCAUAAGGUCCCGGAAUGAAUUUUUGAUGAAACACAUCGAAAUGUACCAAAUCGACCAUGCUAAUAACGAUUCCAGAGUCAGAAAUUGCCACAAACCCCUCUGAACAAUUUUCUGGAGCUCGAAAUCAAUCUGGAAAUGAAUUUGUUUUAUUUUCACCGAGUUUUUGAGUGUUGACCCAUGAACUUGGUGAAAAUAAAACAAAUUCAUUUCCAGAUUGAUUUGGAGCUCCAGAAAAGUGCUCAGAGAGGUUUGUGGCAAUUUUUGACUCUGAAAUCGUUAUUAGCAUGGUCGAUUUGGUAUAUUUCGAUAUUGUUCAACAAGCAUAAGGUACCCGGAUUAAACUUUUGAUGAACCAUAUCGAAAUGUACCAAAUCGACCAACGAUUCCAAAGUCAAAAAUUGCCACAAACCCCCGUGAGCAAUUUUCUGGGGCUCUAAAAUUCGAAUUGAGUUUUGGUCCCGCUCACAUGAUAAAAAUGGGCGAAAACCUCAACUCAAUUCUGAUUUUAGAGCUUCAGAAAAUUGAUCACAGGGGUUUGUGGCAAUUUUUGACUUUGGAAUCGUUGGUCGAUUUGGUACAUUUCGAUAUGGUUCAUCAAAAGUUUAUUCCGGGUACCUUAUGCUUGUUAAAACAUAUCGUAAUCAAUCAAUUUCUAGGUGAUCUUCUUCAUUGGGAUCGUCUCGGUUAUGUUUACUUCAAAGAUCGUACUGGUGACACUUUCCGCUGGAAAGGCGAGAAUGUGUCAACAACUGAAGUUGAGGCAAUCUUGCACCCAAUUUCUGGAGUUUCAGACGCCACUGUUUAUGGCGUUGAAGUUCCGAAUGUUGAAGGCCGCGCUGGUAUGGCGUCGGUUGUUCGACAAACUUGUGAGAAAGAGGAUGAAGAAGAGUUUGUGAAAAGAAUUGGGGCUCGAUUGGCGGCAAGUUUGACGAGUUAUGCCAUUCCGCAAUUUAUUAGGAUAUGCGAGGAUGUUGAAAAAACUGGUUUGUGACGAAAUAAACAUUCUUAUCUCACUUUUCCACUUCUUUCAGGUACAUUCAAAUUGGUCAAAACGAAUCUACAACGCUUGGGAAUAAAUAAUACAACAAAUUCACAUUCUAUCUACAUAUUUGAUUCUCGUUCUAGAAAUUAUACACAUUUUGAUACGCUCAUCAGAAACCAGGUUUCAAUGGGUGAAUAUCCGUUCUAA